CUUUCCCCUCUCUCCUCCACAUUCUGAUAUGGUUUGAUCUUUCUUAACCAUGGAGGCCACCGGAAUCGACCCGACUGCAGAUGGUACGCCUCAAGCUGGCUUCGAGGCCAUCCGACUCCGCUCCUACCAGGCUGAAAUGGUAGAGGAGAGCCUGAAGCGGAACAUAAUCGUUGCCAUGGACACCGGCAGCGGCAAGACCCACGUCGCCCUAUCCCGGACUGCGGCCGAGCUCGAGGCUUGCGAGCCGCACAAAAUUGUCUGGUUUAUUGCACCCACAGUCACUCUUUGUCAACAGCAGGCCUGUCUUUUCGAAAAAUAUCUGCCUGCCUAUCCGCUGCGCUUCCUCAGCGGCGCAGACAAUGUUGAAAGAUGGUCGGAACAGAAAGUCUGGGACGCUGUUCUGAAAGACAUCCGCAUUGUUCUCUCAACGCCACAGGUUCUCCUGGACGCUUUGACGCAUGCCUUUGUGCACAUUACGAGAUUCGCCCUUUUGAUCUUCGAUGAAGCGCAUAACUGCCGUGGAAACCACCCGGCGAAUGCCAUCAUGGCCAGGUUUUACUUGCCUCUGCUCCAGGAUAGAUCCGAUGUAAAGCUUCCCGGAAUUCUGGGCUUGACCGCAAGCCCUGUGCUGAACGCUAAAGCAAAUGGACUAGAAAUCAUCGAGCAAAGCUUGAACGCCAUAACCAAGACACCCAAGCUGCAUCGUAUGGAACUGUUGCAGUUCACGCACAGACCCGAGCUCGUUCCUCUUCCGUACAAAUACGAGCCAACUGAAGGUCCACUAAUCUACAGCACUUUGGGAUCUGCUUACUACGGACUGGACAUUGCGGAAGAUCCCUACGUCCUUAGUUUGAGAAAGAGAAUUGAUGAGAGCAACGAUGCCGAGGCUCUCAAAGAACUGAAAAGGGUGUCGCUCAGUUAUAAGACUUAUGUCCACGAGCAAGUUCGAAAGCUGUACUCUCGGGCGUCCGAAGUUCUUAACGAACUUGGUGGCUCCGCCACGGAAUUCUACAUCCGAAGCUGCAUAGUACGCGCUGAUUAUUAUUUGAGUCGUUCUGGCUCAGUGCCUAGUUGGUCACAGGCCGAGGCAAAGUACCUGCGAGAGUUCCUGUCGGGCAUAGCAGCCGUGCCUUCUAUCAGCUCGGGAGGCCCGCCGUACGAGCACUUGUCCUCAAAAGUGGAAACGCUGAUUGACUUCCUGGUUGCCGAGGCGCGUCCCGACUUCAACGGCAUCAUUUUUGUCGAGCAACGCGCCACUGUGGCUGUCAUGGGCAACCUGUUGUCAAAGCAUCCUAAGACAAAAGAACACUUUAACAUUGGAACCUUUGUUGGCACGUCCAUUACCAGCUCCAGAAAGCUGCACAUAGGAAUCGGUGACUUGGUCGAGUUGAAGCAUCAACAGCAGACCCUUGACGACUUCAGAGCUGGAAAGAAGAAUCUCAUUGUCGCAACAAACGUUCUUGAGGAGGGUAUUGACGUGUCGAAUUGCCACAUAGUGAUAUGCUUCGAGGAGCCGAAGAACCUCAAGUCGUUCAUCCAGCGUCGAGGUCGUGCAAGGAAACAAGACUCCAAAUUUGUCAUUAUGCUCGCAGGAGAUUCCUCUUUGGCGAGUUCUCCAGAGAGAUGGUUGGACCUGGAAGAGCAGAUGAAGGAGGCGUAUCUCAACGAUCUCCGCAAAGUAAAGGCGGCCGAGGAGCGGGAAAUGGUGGAGGAGGAGAGUGACCUGGAGAUGUGUGUGGAGAGGACUGGCGCCUUGUUAACACUGGACAAUGCCGUCCAACAUCUUUAUCAUUUCUGCGCUAUUCUUGGCAGCGAACAGCACGUCGAUCUGCGUCCGAGAUAUUCUUUCGACGAAAGCCCCGACGGUUGCAUUACUUCCACUGUCACACUCCCGAACUCUAGCGGACAUGCCUGGAAGACUGAACGUCAGGCGAGAAAAGACGCGUCUUUCCAGGCGUACAAGUCACUUUACAAAGCCGGGCUUGUUAAUGACAACUUACUUCCUUUGUUCAAAGACACCGAAAGUCCUGAGUUUGAACAAAUCGAAAAACGACCUUCACUAACCACUGCAAACGAGAGGAUGGAUCCGUGGACAACAAUCGCCAAAGCGCAUCAGGCAAAGGAGCCUACCGCUCCAUGGUACUGCAUCAAACUCACUCUUUCAUGUGAAGGCCAGAAGCUUGCGAACUUAUUGUUCUUGCUGCCAGGCGAAGUGGCCGCAGCAAACGAAGUCGUUCUCCACUGGAAUGAAACGACAAAGUACGUCGUGACGAGUGAACCCAUCGGCAACAUUGCAUUCAGCGCAGUCCAAAUUGACACGUUCCGAAUGGCAACUCGCACAUUGCUCAGUACAGUCUAUGGCACGCGCAUGCCCGAAGAAAGAUACGAUUUCCUGGCCAUCUUUGCUCCGUACGACGGUGACCCUGCCAACCCAACCUCUAUGCCACAAGCCUUCUCCAAGCAGAUGCGAGAAGCAAGAGACGUAUACAAAGAGCUACAGCAAGGCCGUGCGCCGCCAUUAGGCCUCGUUCGCGAACGAUUCAAUAAAUCUCAAAAUUACAUCUUCCAAGAGUUUCACACUUCUGAAGAUGGCGAACUUUGGGUCCUAGGCACAGACUUCCCUAAGCGCCGCGAUUUCCUACAUCCCAUCCCCAACGACGUCAGCCACAAAGUGAGAGAAAUGUACACGAAAUUGCGCGCCAUAAACGCGGAUGACUGCGAGAUCAGCAGCUUGCCGGCGAUAUACUCCAUAUUCGCGGCGUUCAUACCGGCGGUCUUGCACUGUUAUGACGUGGUAAUGGUGUCGCAGAAGCUCUGCAAUACCCUGCUUGCGCCGGUGGGCUUCAAGUACACAAACUUCAAAUACACAGGCGUGGUCGCGCGCGCCCUUACGGCCUCGUCUACCACCGACGACGACUACCAAAGGAUGGAGUUCCUGGGCGACACCAUGCUCAAAUUCUGCACGGCCGUGCAGAUAAUGGCGCAAAAGCUCGAGUGGCCCGAGAGCUACCUCACCGACUGCAAAGACCGUAUCGUCUCCAACGGCGCGCUGGCCAAGGCUGCGAAGAAGGUCGGUCUGGACUACUUCAUCCGCCUCAAGCCCUUCACCGGCCUGAAAUGGCGCCCGCGUUACCUGGGAGACGAACUCACCGCCCUGAAUGACGCGCCCAAGCAGCGCACCAUGUCGACCAAAGUGCUCGCUGAUGUUGUCGAAGCCCUCAUCGGGGCCGCUUACCUCGAAGGCGGCAUUCCGCAGGCCGGACGCUGCAUCGAGGCACUGCUGGGCCCGGCGAACGGCUCGCCCUGGCAGCCCAUGCUCACAUCGCGCAGCCUACUCCACUCCGCCGCGCGCGAUGCCGCCGACGCUGCCAGUGCUGGCCCGGUCCACCUCGAGGUGUUGGAAGAGCUGAUCGGGUACGAGUUCUCGAACAAGCAGCUCCUGCUCGAAGCGGUCACGCAUCCGUCGUUUGUCUCGUACCGCGAUCUAGCGACGAGUUCGUACCAGCGGCUGGAGUUCCUGGGCGACGCAAUCCUGGACCACCUGGUUGUGCGGCGGGUGUUUGCGCACAAUGACCCCGCGCCUCUGCCGCAUCAUCGCAUGCACACGAUCCGCGCGGGCCUGGUCAACGCCGCCAUGCUGGCGUUCCUGUGCAUGGAGCUGCGCACCUCGCCCGACACGUCAAUCGACAUGGACGGCGAAAGAGAUGGCGUCGAGAGCCCGGACCUCGUUGCAGAGGACACGCCCUCCCCGCUUCCACCGCCGAAACCCCGCGCCCUGUACCACUUCAUGCGGCACACGGCGCCGACGCUACCGGAUGCUAUGGCCCGUGCCGCGGCGCGCCACGAGGCGGUGCGCGCGCCGCUGUGGGCGGCGUUGCGGACAAGGAAACGCUACCCCUGGACGAUGCUGGCGCGCUGCGCGGCAGACAAGUUCUUCUCUGACAUCGUGGAGGCGGUGCUCGGCGCGAUAUUCCUUGACAGCUGCGGCAGCGCUGCCGCUACCACCAUCACGACCAACAACCGCUUCCUCGGCGCCGGCAAUGGUAGCGAUGGUGAUAACGACAGUGAUGGCGUUGACGGAACUAGUGCCUUCGGGAAUAAAGACGCAGACGGCCUGGCCGCGUGCGACACGUUCCUAGAAAAACUGGGCGUGCUGGGCCUGCUUGAGCGGUUCUUGCGCGACGGCGUCGACUGCGCUCACUCCAAGUCGCGGCUGGGCGUGCUUUCGCGCGGCAAGGAAGUGCUGUAUGAGCAGUGGGACCGGGCGGACGAGGGCGAGAUCAGGGGUUUUACUGCGGAUGACGAAGACGCUGAUAUCCUCCUCGAGAGGGAGGCUAGCGAAGGGGAUGGGUCCGAGGGUGAGGGUCCGCAAGAGCACACGCAGCGCAAGCUAGCGCCACACUACGCGCGCGUGUGGCUCGACGGCAGCGUCGUCGGUGGGUGGGUCGAGGAUGGCCGGGUUUUAGGGGGCUGGUGCGGGGGCGAGAGUGCGAGCGUCGCGGAGACGGCAGCGGCGGAGUUUGCGGGCGGCGUGCUUGAGAAGAGGGGCUGGGUUGUGGGGUUUGAUGGGAGGGUGGUGUGGGUUGGUGUGGAUGGCGAGGGGGUUGGUCCGGAUGGAGAGGGUGUUAGUGGAGUUGGAGAGGGAGAGGGCGUUGCUGGGGUUGAGGAUGCGGAUGGGGAUGGGGAUGGGGACGUGAAGAUGGAGAUGGUGGGGGAGUAGGCUGGUUGGUUGGUUGGUUGGUUGGUGCGCUUCGGCUUGGGGCUUCGCGUCGAAGAGAAGAGAAGAGAUAAGUAAGCUUGAGUAGUGUAAUGAACGAAGCAGUUGGGU